GUCAGUCGUGCACAGACAGUCUCAUCUUAUUGUGCGUUCUCCGUCUCGAAAUGAUCAAUCGAAGUACCGGUACGAGUACCGGUACGAAUACCGAACUUGUAUCAUCUCCCACCACUCAGCACGGUGUCUGUUUCCAAUACAAUACAACUAUUCACCCUCGUCCCCGUCGUUUUCCAUCCGGCUACGUACCGUACUUACCCGAUGAGCAUGGAACAAGGUAUGGAUCGAUACCGUAAGAUUCGAAUCACGGACAAGAUACAAACAAGGCGUUGCCUACCCAUCAUGAAGACCAGCAGCAACUACAUACCCACGAAGGCUACCGUAGCAGUCGGUUUGCUGCUAGCAGGACUCCACGCAACCACAAGGAUCGAGCCCUGUUCGGGAUUUGUCGUCACGCCGGGUGCAAACACGGUUGCGGGUGCCAACGCAAGCAACCAGAGACCAGGUGCGAGCGGGCGUCCAGAUUUUCCACCCUUCUACUCUUCUCCGCCGGUGCCGAUGGCGUUGUCGUUGUCGUUGUCGGUGCGUUCGCUGGUGCCACCGAGGAUUUGGAUCGAGGACGCCGAAGAGGGUUUCGUCGACGAAGACGAGAACCUGGAACCCGGUGAGGUCUGCCUCAGGAGCGUCAAGUCGUUCGCCGACGGCGUACCGUCCAACGACCCUCUGGAAAGCACCGAACCAACGUCCUCGUCGGUAUACAAAGCGUCAUCGAUCCGAGUGAUGAUGCACGACGUGUCCGAAGAGAAGAAACAGAACCACAAAGACAGGAAGGACAACCGUGGAAAACGAUUCUUGACUGCCGGUGCUCUCGUACAGAGACCCAGCUACGAUAGCAGUCCAUACCAUGGCGAAGGCGAAAGUCAAAGCCAAAGCAGCGAUCAAAGCGAUUCGGCACCAUCCUCGGAAACUACACCGACGGCAAUCUGCGAUGCCUGGAUGGCCGAUUCGAUCCUGUCCGAUGGCGGGCCGAACCUGCAGCUCCAGGGUGCCCUCCGGGUAUUGGACGACCUGUUUCUUUUUCACCUGCAACGGGAAUGGAAGCAGCAGCAACAACAACAAGACCAAGACCCCGGGCGCGGGGGUUCCAGCGGCGGGUGUGGCGUCCGCGCGCUCAAGAACUUUGUGGUCCGCUGCGGGGGGGAGGAAGAAAGUGCUUGCGGCGCCUGGGGGGAAGGAUGCGAGUACCGGAGCGAGGACUUUGUGGCGGCCUCGGGGAUGGCCGCUUCGGUCCGGGGAUUCUCCCCCCUCCGGGAGAUGGUCCGGGUCGAUUCCUUCUACGAUCCGGGCUACUACGACCACGACCUGGCCGGGAGGGUCCCCGACUGCCGGCCCGGGGGGACGCUUGACAGGUAUCGGGCCGCCCUGGCCGCCGCGGAGCGAAGCGGCGACAAGGGCCAUUCCGGCACCCUGCGAUCCAUCUGCGGGCUCCUCCCCGACGAAGCUUCCAUCGCACGGCACACCACCAAGCGGUUCCGCAUCACCGGGCAAAAGCCCCCGCCGGGCCAAGCCGGGGGCGGCGGGUUGCACUAGGCCGGCAGGAACGAACCAAACGAACAAACCAACGAACAAACAAACAAACCAACGAACCAACAAACAAACAAACAACCG